CCUGAUGGCAUGACUCAUGACCACUCAUUGGUCCAUCCCAUCCCCUUUCAAUUGUCGUUAACAGUCUUUUCUUCCUUGUCGUUGUUGUCGUCUGCGUCAGUGCGAAAACAUUUGUCUCUAGUAUAACUUCUCCAAAAUCAACAGAAAGUUAAGUAGAAAGGCACUUUCGAGCUCUCUUGAAUGGCUUCUCUAGAUUCUCAUGUGCUGAUGAACUUCUUUUUAAUAUCUAGUCUUUUAGUCACUGCCGUGAGCUCGGAAACCAAGUGUCUGAACUUCAAGUCGAUCAUUAGUUUCGGUGAUUCAAUUGCCGAUACAGGAAACUUGAUCGGUCUCUCUACUCCAAACGAACUUCCUGAAUCCGCGUUUCCGCCGUACGGAGAGACCUUCUUCCACCAUCCAACCGGCCGUUACUCCGACGGCCGCCUCAUCAUCGACUUCAUUGCUGAGUUCUUAGGGCUUCCACACGUGCCUCCUUUUUAUGGAUCUAAUAAUGGAAACUUUGAGAAAGGAGUAAACUUCGCCGUGGGAGGAGCAACGGCACUGGAAUGUUCCGUUCUUGAGGAGAGAGGGAUUCAUUGUCCUCCUAAAAACAAAAGUUUAGGAGUUCAGUUUAAGAACUUCAAAGAGAGUUUACCAAGCCUAUGUGACUCGCCAUCAGGUUGUAUAGAUAUGAUUGGAAAUGCUUUGAUUCUUGUUGGAGAGAUUGGAGGGAAUGAUUAUAAUUAUCCCUUCUUCGGCCACAAAAACAUUGAGGAAGUCAAAGAGCUCGUUCCCCUUGUGAUCUCUACUAUCUCUUCAACAAUCACGGAGCUAGUCGAUAUGGGAGGAAGAACAUUCCUAGUUCCAGGAAAUUUCCCGCUCGGAUGCUCAGUAAUCUAUUUGACAUUAUAUCAAACAUCAAACAAGGAAGAGUACGAUCCUCAAACCGGAUGUUUGACAUGGUUGAACGAGUUUUCAGAAUACCACAAUGAUCAGCUUCAGGCUGAACUCAAUAGGCUCAGGAAGCUCUAUCCUCAUGUCAACAUCAUAUACGGAGACUACUACAACGCUUUGUUACGACUUAUCCAAGAACCAGCCAAAUUCGGGCUUAUGAACAACCCCUUGCCCGUUUGUUGCGGUUUAGGAGGACAGUACAACUUCACCUUUGGUAUAAAAUGUGGUUUAAAAGAAGUUGAAUGUUGUAAAGAUCCUUCAAAGUAUGUGAACUGGGACGGCAUCCAUAUGACUGAGGCUGCGUACAGAUGGAUAGCUGAGGGUUUACUCAAAGGACCAUAUGCGGUUCCUCCUUUCGAUUGGUCUUGCCUCAGCUACAAGAUUAAGGACAAGGAGUCAUUAGACGCACAGUACUAUUAGAUGAACAACGGAUACAAGCUGGUCCGAUAUUUUAAGAGAAAAAAAUAUAUAAUAAGAAAACUAUAUGUGCAAGUUUUUUUUUUUUUUUGACAAAGUUACUAUAUGUGCAAGUUAACUUCAAAGUGCUUGUGUUAGAUCAUGUAUUAAUAUUAUACUUUGUUGUUGCUGGAUCCUGUAUUUGUAUUACAUAUUGUGUUGUUGUUUGGGA